GAGAUCGUGGUUGGAUUCCGCACGCCAGCAGGGGUUGUAACAACUGUGCAAUCAUUCAAGACGAUGCAGCUGCCACGCAUGGUGCGCGGCAAACCGGGCGCAUGGGAUCCGAUGGUCUGUAUGCACUGGGGCGCCGGAUUGCUUAGGGAGCUAAAGGUCCUCAUUGACAACGCGCGCGGCGAUAUUGUUAGUGACACGUCGGUGUGGCGCGCGAGAUUCGUGCCUGGGAAAGGUGUGAGUGUGGCGGUGCUAGAGGGCAGAGAGCUGGAGGAGGUGGUGAAUGGGGAGGAGCGGGUCGGAUUCCUGCCAAGAUGGUACUGGGACACAUGGCGAGAAGCAUCACAGGGCAGACGCACCCAUUUAGCUUCCGUCAUCUGA